CCCCGUCCGCGGCGGGCGCGCUCCGCGGUCCUCCCUCGCUCGUCUCCCAUGCUCAUAUUUGGACUCGGCUGCCCGUGCCCAGGAAUUUCCCGUCAUGCCUCCCGCCGCCCCGUCCGUCGCCCGGAGCCUGGGAGGGAGGGAGCGAGGCUCGGACGGCGGCGGCGGCGGCUCCCCGGCCCUUCCAUGAGCCCACGGCGGACCCUCCCGCGCCCCCUCUCGCUCUGCCUCUGCCUCUGGCUGGCCGCGGCCGUGGCGUGGGGAGCCGCGCAGUCAGGGUCAUGUAGGGAUAAAAAGAACUGUAAGGUGGUCUUUUCCCAGCAGGAGCUAAGGAAGCGGCUAACCCCCCUUCAGUACCAUGUCACUCAGGAGAAAGGGACCGAAAGUGCCUUUGAAGGAGAAUAUACACAUCACAAAGAUCCUGGAAUAUAUAAAUGUGUCGUUUGUGGAACUCCAUUGUUCAAGUCAGAAACCAAAUUUGACUCCGGUUCAGGUUGGCCUUCAUUCCACGAUGUGAUCAGUUCUGACGCAAUCACAUUCACAGAUGACUUUUCCUUCGGGAUGCACAGGGUGGAAACAAGCUGCUCUCAGUGUGGGGCUCACCUUGGGCACAUUUUUGAUGACGGACCUCGUCCAACCGGCAAAAGAUACUGCAUAAAUUCAGCUUCCUUAUCGUUCACCCCGGCAGAUAGCAGCGGCGGCGCCGAGGGAGGCCCUGGGCCGGCCAGCCCAGCCCAGGCAGACCACGCUGAGCUGUAGGGGAACGGAGGGCCGUGGAAACAAGUGUACUUAAUGCACAGCUUGUUAAAAAAAAAUACUCAGAAUUGUC